UUUAGUCCAGUCCGGCAAAAUAUGUGUUCCUCCGCAGCGCUGCAGGAACGAUCCUUCGUCUGACAACAUGGCGAGUGUCCGCGCGGCGUCCCGUCUCCUCUCCAAGAGGGUUUUAUCUACUGCGAAAGCAGUCCCUGCCGCUGCGGUUCAAGGUUCCAGGAACUUUCACUUUUCCAUCUAUGGCAAGAAGAAAAAUGCCAAAGUAUCAGAUGAUAUCUCCACUCAAUACCCAGUUGUGGAUCAUGAGUUUGAUGCUGUGGUGGUUGGAGCUGGUGGAGCAGGACUGAGGGCAGCUUUUGGCCUGUCUGAGGCGGGCUUCAACACUGCCUGCGUCACCAAACUGUUCCCCACCAGGUCUCAUACUGUCGCUGCACAGGGUGGGAUUAAUGCGGCUCUGGGGAACAUGGAGGAGGAUGACUGGAGGUGGCAUUUCUAUGACACAGUAAAGGGAUCUGAUUGGCUUGGAGACCAGGACGCUAUCCACUACAUGACAGAGCAGGCUCCUGCAGCCGUAGUGGAGCUGGAGAACUUUGGCAUGCCAUUCAGCCGCACUGAGGAGGGUAAGAUCUACCAGAGGGCCUUUGGAGGUCAGAGCCUUAAGUAUGGAAAGGGAGGCCAGGCACACCGCUGCUGCUGUGUAGCAGACAGAACAGGCCACUCACUGCUGCAUACGCUGUAUGGAAGGUCACUUCGUUAUGACACCAGUUACUUUGUGGAGUACUUUGCCCUGGACCUGCUGAUGGAGAAUGGAGAGUGUAAAGGGGUCAUCGCUCUCUGUAUGGAGGAUGGGUCUAUCCACCGCUUCAGAGCCCAGAACACCGUUAUUGCUACCGGGGGUUACGGAAGAACCUAUUUCAGCUGCACAUCUGCUCACACAAGCACAGGAGAUGGAAAUGCGAUGGUGACCAGAGCUGGUCUGCCUUGCCAGGAUAUGGAGUUUGUCCAGUUUCAUCCCACUGGGAUCUACGGAGCCGGCUGUCUGAUCACAGAGGGCUGCCGUGGUGAGGGAGGAAUCCUGAUUAACAGUGAAGGAGAGCGCUUCAUGGAGCGCUAUGCACCCAACGCCAAAGACUUGGCUUCCAGAGAUGUGGUAUCCCGCUCCAUGACCAUAGAGAUCAGAGAGGGCAGAGGUGUUGGUCCAGAGAAGGAUCACGUGUACCUGCAGCUUCACCACCUGCCUCCUCAGCAGCUGGCCGCAAGGCUGCCUGGUAUCUCAGAGACAGCCAUGAUCUUCGCUGGAGUCGACGUCACCAAAGAGCCCAUCCCUGUCCUGCCCACCGUCCACUACAACAUGGGUGGAAUACCCACAAACUACAAGGGACAGGUGAUUACUCACGUCAGUGGCGAGGACAAGGUGGUUCCCGGACUGUAUGCCUGUGGCGAGGCAGCUUCUGCCAGUGUCCAUGGAGCUAACAGGUUGGGUGCCAACUCCCUGCUGGACCUGGUGGUGUUUGGCAGAGCUUGCGCCCUCACCAUUGCUGAGGAGCACAAACCUGGAGAGAAGCUGUCCCCGCUGAAACCCAGCGCAGGAGAGGAGUCUGUGGCCAACCUGGACAGGCUGAGGUUUGCCAACGGAAGUCAGAGGACCUCUGAGAUCAGGCUCAACAUGCAGAAGACCAUGCAGAGCCAUGCUGCGGUAUUCCGUACCGGCUCUGUCCUGAAGGAAGGAUGCGAUAAGAUGGAUGCUAUUUAUCAGACUGUGGAGGACAUCAAGACCUUUGACAGAGGCAUUGUGUGGAACACCGACUUGGUGGAAUCGCUGGAGCUGCAGAAUCUGCUGCUGAACGCCGUCCAGACAAUCAACUCUGCCGAGCAGAGAAAGGAGAGCAGGGGAGCCCACGCUAGAGAGGACUACAAGGAUCGUGUGGAUGAGUACGACUACUCUAAGCCCCUGCAGGGUCAGGAGAAGAAGCCGUUUGAUCAGCACUGGAGGAAGCACACUCUGUCCUUUGUUGAUCAAAAGACUGGAAAGGUCACAUUGGAGUACCGCCCUGUGAUCGACAGCUCUCUUGAUGAGCAGGACUGCGCCCACGUUCCACCUGCCAUCCGCUCCUACUAAGAUGAUCCACUCCUGCCCUCCCCUUUAUUCCCAACCUUCGCCCAUCACAUCCACCUUACUCAAUUACAGAAUGCUCAUUUAUCUAUUACUAAGGAAGCUAAACUUUCUGUGCUAGAGAUGACAUUCUGAGACAAAUUCAGACUUUUAUUGCACGUUUGUAUUCAUUUAGAUCUGUUCAAUACAAUGCUGUCUAUACCAUUUUUGUUGCUUCCUGUUUCUCUCUCUCUCUCUCUCUCCCUUUUUUUUUUUUUUUUUUUUUUUUUUUUUUGGCGUGUUUUGCCUUGAUUUCAAUCUGUUUGCAGAAACUAAAUUUCCACAUGGUUCUCAUGGCUUCUCACGCUGUGUGAGCAGGUUGUGUGCGUGUGUGUGUGUAUAUAUAAUAAACUGUGGACAAAUGGGUGACCGAGGAAUUUACAGCCUCCAGCUGUUAAACAUCAGAGGGGAAAAACAAAGUUGACAGUAAGCCUGGCUUUCUGUGAUGACAUCAUACUCUCAUUUCCCAGUCUGGCAUUGCAGUAAGAGCUUCUUGUAACCUCUUUCUCCUUUUGGCUGAGUUGAAGAGAUGGUGGAAGUGAUUGUAAUUUCAACCACACACAUUGCAGGCACGUUUGAAGUAUGUAAAUAUUGCAUAAAUGUACAAUAAAUAUGGUGAGCUGUACUGUAUGUACUAGUUGAAAUGCAAGUCUCACAUCUCGCUCACUGUGGCCUUCAUUCUUGUGGAAUACUCAUUACACUUUGUGCGUGUGUUCAACACUUGCUGCUUGUUCUGUAGAUAAUCAGCUAACAGGCUCUAGCUUUCUACAAUUUCACGCUAUAAGUGUUAACUAUAUUAAAUUAAUAUCUUCAGCCACAUUACAGCCUCUCAGCUAUUGGGAUAAAUGAACUGUUUUUCAAGUUGCCGUGUUGAUGUUACCUUUCUAGGACUAAGGGGAAAUUUCAGUAAGGUGGUGUAGCUUUCUUCAACUCCAUAAAUGACUUAAAUAUCAAAGGUGAAAGAUGCGCUCAGUGUUAAAGUGUUGAUGCCUCUUGUGCUGAAUCAACAGUGACUUAAUUUAUUUGCAACAAAAAGUUAAUCCUCUGCUUUUUGCUGUUUGUACUUUCGUUUUCAUAUGUUCAAUAAAGUCUAGGCUGUGGAUAGAAA